UGUUUCGGCCAAGGAGCCGUCGCCGCCAUUUCAAGACCGUGAGAGGUAGACGGCCAACCAGAGUUCUUAAGGUUCCAAGUCCGUAACUGCCGCCACCGCUUAAGCCUUCCAAAAAUUCUGGUACGGUUGCUGCCCUCUUAUUACUACCUCUAAGAACUAUUCUUGCCCGUAGUGGCGGCAGUGAGAGUCAAUUACCCCCUUCUUGCGCUCGCUCAAGAAGCUCCAGAUGGCGUCUUCCGUGGGCAACGUGGCCGACAGCACAGAACCAACGAAACGUAUGCUUUCCUUCCAAGGGUUAGCUGAGUUGGCACAUCGAGAAUAUCAGGCAGGAGAUUUUGAGGCAGCUGAGAGACACUGCAUGCAGCUCUGGAGACAAGAGCCAGACAAUACUGGUGUGCUUUUAUUACUUUCAUCUAUACACUUCCAGUGUCGAAGGCUGGACAGAUCUGCUCACUUUAGCACUCUGGCAAUUAAACAGAACCCUCUUCUAGCAGAAGCCUAUUCAAAUUUGGGAAACGUGUACAAGGAAAGAGGGCAGUUACAGGAGGCAAUUGAGCAUUAUCGACAUGCAUUGCGUCUCAAACCUGAUUUCAUCGAUGGUUAUAUUAACUUGGCAGCCGCAUUAGUAGCAGCAGGCGACAUGGAAGGGGCAGUACAAGCUUACGUCUCUGCUCUUCAGUACAAUCCUGAUUUGUACUGUGUUCGCAGUGACCUGGGGAACCUGCUCAAAGCCCUGGGUCGCUUGGAAGAAGCCAAGGCCUGUUAUUUGAAAGCAAUUGAGACGCAACCGAACUUUGCAGUAGCUUGGAGUAAUCUUGGCUGUGUUUUCAAUGCACAAGGAGAGAUUUGGCUUGCAAUUCAUCACUUUGAAAAGGCUGUCACUCUUGACCCAAAUUUUCUGGAUGCUUAUAUUAAUUUAGGAAAUGUAUUGAAAGAGGCACGCAUUUUUGACAGAGCUGUGGCUGCUUAUCUUCGCGCCCUAAGCUUGAGUCCAAAUCAUGCAGUGGUGCACGGCAACCUGGCUUGUGUGUACUAUGAGCAAGGCCUGAUAGAUUUGGCAAUAGAUACCUACAGGCGAGCUAUUGAACUACAGCCACAUUUCCCUGAUGCUUACUGCAACCUAGCUAAUGCUCUCAAGGAAAAGGGCAGUGUUGCUGAAGCGGAGGAUUGUUACAAUACUGCACUCCGUUUGUGUCCCACUCAUGCUGACUCUCUGAACAAUCUAGCAAAUAUCAAACGAGAACAGGGAAACAUUGAAGAGGCCGUUCGCUUGUAUCGUAAAGCAUUAGAAGUCUUCCCAGAGUUUGCUGCUGCUCAUUCAAAUUUAGCAAGUGUAUUGCAGCAGCAGGGAAAACUGCAGGAAGCUCUGAUGCAUUAUAAGGAGGCUAUCCGAAUCAGCCCUACCUUUGCUGACGCCUACUCUAAUAUGGGAAACACAUUAAAGGAGAUGCAGGACGUUCAGGGAGCCUUGCAGUGUUAUACUCGUGCCAUCCAGAUUAACCCAGCAUUUGCAGAUGCUCACAGUAACCUGGCUUCCAUUCACAAGGAUUCAGGGAAUAUUCCAGAAGCAAUAGCUUCGUACCGUACAGCUCUGAAACUUAAACCUGAUUUUCCUGAUGCUUAUUGUAACUUGGCUCAUUGCCUACAGAUUGUCUGUGAUUGGACAGACUAUGAUGAGCGCAUGAAGAAGUUGGUCAGUAUUGUGGCCGACCAGCUGGAGAAGAAUAGGUUGCCCUCUGUGCAUCCUCAUCAUAGUAUGCUCUAUCCCCUUUCUCAUGGCUUCAGGAAGGCCAUUGCUGAGAGGCAUGGGAACCUCUGCUUAGAUAAGAUUAAUGUCCUUCAUAAACCACCAUAUGAACAUCCAAAAGACUUGAAGCUCAGUGAUGGUCGGCUGCGUGUAGGAUACGUGAGCUCUGACUUUGGGAACCAUCCUACUUCUCACCUCAUGCAGUCUAUUCCAGGCAUGCACAAUCCAGAGAAAUUUGAGGUAUUCUGUUAUGCCCUGAGUCCCGAUGAUGGCACAAACUUCCGAGUGAAGGUGAUGGCAGAAGCCAAUCAUUUCAUUGAUCUUUCUCAGAUUCCAUGCAAUGGAAAAGCAGCUGAUCGUAUCCACCAGGAUGGAAUUCACAUCCUUGUAAAUAUGAAUGGUUAUACCAAGGGUGCACGAAAUGAACUCUUUGCUCUCAGACCAGCUCCUAUUCAGGCAAUGUGGCUUGGUUAUCCUGGGACUAGCGGUGCACUUUUCAUGGAUUAUAUCAUCACUGAUCAAGAAACGUCACCAGCGGAAGUCGCUGAGCAAUAUUCUGAGAAACUGGCUUAUAUGCCCCACACUUUCUUUAUUGGAGAUCAUGCUAAUAUGUUCCCUCAUCUGAAGAAAAAAGCAGUCAUUGAUUUUAAGUCCAAUGGGCACAUUUAUGACAAUCGGAUAGUUCUGAAUGGCAUCGACCUCAAAGCAUUUCUUGAUAGUCUACCAGAUGUAAAAAUUGUGAAGAUGAAAUGUCCUGAUGGUGGAGACAAUGCAGACAGCAGUAACACAGCUCUUAACAUGCCUGUCAUUCCUAUGAACACUAUUGCCGAAGCAGUUAUUGAAAUGAUUAACAGAGGACAAAUUCAGAUAACAAUUAAUGGGUUUAGUAUUAGCAAUGGCUUGGCAACCACACAGAUCAACAACAAAGCUGCAACUGGUGAGGAGGUUCCCCGUACCAUUAUUGUAACCACCCGUUCUCAGUAUGGCUUGCCGGAAGAUGCCAUCGUGUACUGUAACUUCAAUCAGUUGUAUAAAAUCGAUCCGUCUACUUUGCAAAUGUGGGCGAAUAUUCUGAAGCGGGUUCCCAAUAGUGUGCUUUGGCUGUUGCGUUUUCCAGCAGUGGGAGAACCUAAUAUUCAGCAAUAUGCACAGAACAUGGGCCUUCCUCAGAACCGGAUCAUUUUUUCACCUGUGGCUCCUAAAGAAGAGCAUGUCAGAAGAGGCCAGCUGGCUGAUGUCUGCCUGGAUACUCCACUCUGUAAUGGGCACACCACGGGGAUGGAUGUCCUCUGGGCAGGAACACCCAUGGUGACUAUGCCAGGAGAGACUCUUGCUUCUCGAGUUGCCGCUUCCCAGCUCACUUGCUUAGGUUGUCUUGAGCUUAUUGCUAAAAAUAGACAAGAAUAUGAAGACAUAGCUGUGAAACUGGGAACUGAUCUAGAAUACCUGAAGAAAAUUCGUGGCAAAGUCUGGAAGCAGAGAAUAUCGAGCCCUCUGUUCAACACCAAACAAUACACAAUGGAACUAGAGCGGCUCUAUCUACAGAUGUGGGAGCAUUAUGCAGCUGGCAACAAGCCUGAUCACAUGAUUAAGCCUGUUGAAGUCACUGAGUCAGCCUAAAUAAAGACUGCACAGGAGAAUUGUCCUAUACCUGAGCCUCAACCUUCUGGGGGAAAGGGAAUGAGCUAACACACUUUUUGCUUACCUGUACAGUACCAUAUUGCAGAUGGGCGAUCUGUAAUGGUAAUAGAUAGCACAGCCAGACUUGCUUCCUGCAUGAUAGGGAGAGACACAAGCGAUGGGAAACUGCUGUUCCACAAGGAGUCUUCAUUAGAGUUUGACAGCAACCAGGUGGUGCAUAAGUCUGGAAGGUCUGAUCUCCCUUGGUCUUCCAUGGGAUGGUUAGUGUGGAGUGGAGAUAUAGAUUGUCCAGCCGUUUUGUGAUUCCAUGGAUUGAAUGAGUCUUCUGAAUUAAUUUUUUUUCUUUAUAUUUUGGAUGUUGGAGCUUUUAAAAUGUUUGGUUUUCAGGUAUUUUUAUUCAUGUGAAGUGUGGAUGAUUCUCUUGAGCUAAGGUUUUAAGCUAAAAUGUGGUUCCCUGUUUUAGUUUCUGAACUUUGACAGAUUAACAGGGACUUUGCUGGUGUAGUCUUUUUUAUAGGUUUUAUAAACCACUUGAGCCUAUAUCAGUCAUUUUAGUGUCUGACCUGAUGUUUGGAGCUAUCAGUGCUUUGUUGAUUUAGAUGAUGACUCUUGAUUUUUUUCCCCCCUCUGGUCCAAGCUCCUUCCCUUCCCCUCACCCCCUCCCACCUUAAACAUUUUUUUUUUUCUUAGAACUCAGCGAAUGAAACCAAGUCUGAUUCAAAACAUCCAAGAGUUUUCCUAAUCACAUCAUCUGGUGCCAAAUGAAAAUUCUUAGGAGUGAUUAUUAGAAAGGAUACAGUUGUGGUACUGUUAUUGAUAGUAAUGUAGAAUUUUUUUUUGUCUGAUCUUGACUUUUUUCGCCAGUGUUUUACCUUUUACUGCCCCUUCUAUGCUGCUUCCAAAAGUGAUAGUGUGAUAAGAUGUUUACCUUCUUUUCUAAAGUUUGUUUUUUUUUAAAGUGAGUCCUGUUCUUCCUAUUUCUUUCAGCAGAAAUGAAAUCCCAGGUAAGUAUAAGUAUUCAAAUAUUUGAUCAAUGCGUUACAGUUCUUCAAUACAUAGUAUAACUUUAAUUGAAAAUCUUGUUAGUGGUAAAAAUCUCUGAAGGACCAUCUGUGUAUAUGAAUAAUUAUUUUUCAGGCCUUCUAGGGUGUUUAUAUAAUAAUGUCUUCUGAACUUGGUCUUGAAGUUUAUAUGAAUUCAGCCUCAGUAAUAGUGAACUGCACUGCUACUUGGUUUGGAAUACAAGUUAGACUUUAGCCCUCCUGGAGCUUGAGUUCUUGGCAUUAAAACCGAUAGGAAUAAAAUUACUAGUUUUCAACCAAGGGUUGAGGGCUUGAGGCUUAAAGAAGCCAACAUAUGAAUCUGUUUUUCGUCUUGCUGUACUGCAAUUAUGCUAUCCAAAUCCCAGAUCAUUUUUUGUCUGCUAGUAGUGUUCUAGAUCAUGUCUUUCCAAAGUGCUGAGGCAGUGCACCUCUUCUGUAGUUGCAGCUGUUACCUGAAUGUAUUCUAGCUGACAAAUUACUGAAUAAGAACUUGAACUUCUGAAAGAUGAUUACUGCUAGCCAAAUUCUGAGGAAGAAGCCUCAAAUGUAAUUCCAAAGCUGGAUUACAUGUCAAUGAACUGUGUACCCAUUAAUGUUAUGAAUCAAGAAACAUCAGUUAAGGGAUUUCUUAAUUUAUUUUUUACCUGAUUGAAAGUUGAAAGUUGCCAGUAUGGUUGCAGAUAAACUGAUGUUUGUAGUUCACCGAAUUACUUAAUGUGGAAUAGGAUAAUAUACUGACAAUGCCCUCAAGGCUGUGGCUUCACAGUCAUUUUACAUAGCACACCAUUCCUCCUAUAGGGGUGAACUUUUUCCUGGCACGAAAAGUAGCCGCUCUGGUUGAAGCUUUGCUUAUUGUAACAGGCUUUUAUUUCCAGGUAACAUGUCUGUGGAAGACUUAAUUCUGAAUAGAGAUAUAGAUAUUACUGGAAACUAAUUGUUUUUUCUAUUAUAUUCUGCUUUAUCAAAAAAGUAAAACAUUUAAAUUGUGCGACAGAAAUUCAGAUGUUGUCUUGCGAUCUUUAAAUAAUAAAUGAAUGAUUUCCCCUUAA